UUUUCUAAGACAUGUGGUGACGUCAAGUACCUUUGAUAUAUAGACACACACGCUCUCAACUCUAAUGGAAGAAAGAGCAAUUUGACCGCCAAAGCUUUACAGUCAGCCAUCGCAUUAUUAACUCUUCUCUCUCUAUCUUUCUCACCCGAAAAAAUUCUAAUCUGCAUCAAAACAAAGCAGAGAAUCUCGUAACAACCAAAUACUAUUGAGAGGUUAGGAAAAGAAAAUGAAUUCGUUCAAAGGAAAUCCAAGAGGCGGGGGAAGACGACCUCACGGUGACAGGUCAUCGACAGCAGGUAAUCGUCAGCUCCGAAGCAGCCAAAGUAGUUUACCGCCACUUGCUGAACCUCGACCUUCAAAUGGUCCUCAGGUACCGAGACGUCGAGGUAGAGGUAGUCGACAGCCGUCGCGAGUACCUCAAGGUGGAGGUGCUUUAAAUCCGCUGCCAAUACCUCAAGGUGGUGGUGCUCUGAAUCUUCCGCUAGCAUCUCAAAGGGGACAUGCUGUGAAUCAGCCGCCAGUACCUCAAGGUGGAGGUGCCCUGAAUCUGCCAGCAGUACCUCAAGGUGGAGGUGCCCUGAAUCUGCCAGCAGUACCUCAAGGUGGAGGUGCCCUGAAUCUGCCAGCAGUACCUCAAGGUGGAGGUGCCCUGAAUCUGCCACCAGUACCUCAAGGUGGAGGUGCCCUGAAUCUGCCAGCAGUACCUCAAGGUGGAGGUGCCCUGAAUCUGCCAGCAGUACCUCAAGGUGGAGGUGCCCUGAAUCUGCCAGCAGUACCUCAAGGUGGAGGUGCCCUGAAUCUGCCACCAGUACCUCAAGGUGGAGGUGCCCUGAAUCUGCCACCAGUACCUCAAGGUGGACAUGCUCUGAAUCCGCCGCCAGUACCUCAGGGUGGAGAUGCUCUGAAUCCGCUGCCAGUACCUCAAGGUGGACAUGCUCUGAAUCCGCCGCCAGUACCUCAAGGUGGAGGUGCUUUGAAUCAGCCGCCAGUACCUCAAGGUGGACAUGCUUUGAAUCUGCCGCCAGUACCUCAAGGUGGAGGUGCCCUGAAUCUGCCACCAGUACCUCAAGGUGGACAUGCUCUGAAUCCGCCGCCAGUACCUCAUGGUGGAGGUGCUCUGAAUCUUCCGCCAGCACCUCAAGGUGGACAUGCUUUGAAUCAGCCGCCAGUACCUCAGGGUGGAGAUGCUCUGAAUCCGCCGCCAAUGCCUCCAGGUGAAGGGGCUCUGAAUCCACCGCCAGUACCUCAAGGUGGAGUCGCUUUAAAUCCGCGUCCAAUACCUCAAGGUGGAGAAGCUCUGAAUCCGCCACCAGUACCACCAGAACUUCAAGAUGAAGGAGAUCAACAGCCACCGUUAGUACCUCAAGGUGGAGCUGUCAUACAGCCACAGCAAAAUCAGCCAUUCCCUAAAGGCGCAAUUGAUCAACAGCUGCAGCCAGUUCUGCCGAUAGCUCAUCAUUCGGUUUAUAAUCACCAGCUACUAUCGAUUCCCGGUCGUGUUCCGAAAGCUUCAAAGAAAAUGGUAAAAUCGGUACGACGAAUGCGUAAAAAUAAUUCCCGCCAACAUAAUCUUUUGGAUAGAUUUGAGAAGUUUCUCGAUUCCCAAAACGUCCCUGACAGAUUUUCAUCGAAGAAAACAUCCGAAAGUAGUGCAGUGUUACCUGUGGCUACUACUUCGCAGCUACAGACCGUAACUCCUCCAUUGCUACCUGUGACACAACAGCCUCAAUCAACGGCAUCUACUGUUCCUCAAAACGCCUGUUAUUGGCCGCCGGCUACCCAACAAUAUUUUUGUUACCCACCACCACAAUAUGCAGCUUCUAUGCAGCCGUAUCAAUACCCUUAUUCUCACUAUUCUUGUGGACAGUAUCCACCUUCAUAUAAUUUCCCACCAUAUAAUUUCCCACCUCCAUCUAUUUAUCCAACCGCACCAAAUUAUCCAACUCCAUCUAAUUAUCCAUCCACACCAAAUUAUCCAACUCCAUCUAAUUAUCCAUCCACACCAAAUUACCCACCUCCAUCUAAUUACAUGUCAUAUUAUCCUCCACGUUAAUAUUCGUAAAUAUAUUCACUGAUAUCACUGCAUGUAAUGGGAUGCGUCAGAGAAAUAAAAUACA